UGAGGUUGAUCAAGAUGUACACCUGGGAAAUGCCAUAUGCCGCAUUAAUAGAAAAAAUCAGAAUGAAAGAAAUGAAAAAAAUUCGAAUGUUUUUAUACGCAAGCGGAAUAUCUUAUAUAUUGGCGUAUCCUAUAUCGAAAUUAUUCAUUCUUCUCACAUAUCUCGCAUUCUUUUUAAAUGGAGGACGGUUAAAUGCCGAAAUUAUAUUCGUCACAAUGACAUUUUCAAUGUAUAUCUACAGCAACAUUGUUACUCUGUUUUCUCAAGCAGUAGGUUUUGUUGCAGAAAUUUUGGUUUCGUUAAAAAGGAUAGAGGAUUUUCUCCUCCUUCAAGAAAGAGAGGACAACGCUAUCAAAACCAUAGGAGAGAGAGAAAAUUUAACCGAAUGUAAAAUACGGAUGGAUAGUGUCAUAGCUGCUUGGAAAAAAGAAUUCGAACCAACAUUAAAUGGGAUAUCACUAAACAUGCAACCUAGAGAAUUAUUAAUUGUUAUAGGUCCUGUUGGAUCAGGGAAGACGUCUUUACUAAUGUCAUUGUUAAAAGAGAUUCCAAUUACUUCUGGUGAAGUAUCUGUAAAAGGAAAGAUUGCUUACGCUUCUCAAGAAGCUUGGGUGUUCAACGCAACUAUCAGAGAAAAUAUCUUGUUUGGAGAAGAAUAUCAAGAAGACAAAUAUAGAAAAAUCUUGCAUAUAACGGCACUAGAAAAGGAUAUUAGCUUAUUUCCUAAAAGAGAUCUGACUAUUGUAGGAGAAAGAGGAGUUAUAAUGAGCGGUGGGCAGAAGGCAAGAAUUAAUCUAGCGAGAGCGCUAUAUGUGGAUGCCGAUAUUUUCCUCCUGGAUGAUCCACUGAGUGCUGUUGAUGUUCCAGUGGCAAAACAUAUCUUCGAAAAGUAA